AUGUGGUUUCCAUAUUUAUGGUUCGUCGUACUCACUUUCCGGUUAUUUUGUGUUUCUGCACAAUCCAUUGAUGAAGAAGAAGCACUUCAUUCGGUCGAAGGAAGUGGAAAUUUUGCUAGCGAUGAUGAAGACAUGGAGGGUUCGUCACUGCCUCCGGACGCGCAUUACGCGACGACGCCGCCGGUCAUGAAUCCGCGAAUCACCCAGAACACCACCACGACGCGUCGAGGACUCGACGCGACCCUCAAGUACACGACUCUUAUCAAAUUACAGCGGGUUAGCCCUUCUGCUUCUUUCUUUCUUCAUUCUUUGACUGUCAUUUAUUUGCAGAUCUGUUUCUAA